GGAUCGGCAGGAGCGGCUGUCCUGCCCAGCCUCCUGCUCCCGGCCUGGCUUUUCCCGGGGGGAAGCGGCGGGCGGGGUCCGGAGCAUCCCUUUGCCCGCGGCUGCCUUGGGGUUGGAGCGUUCGGGGCGGUUUUCAGACGUGGAACUCCCUGGAAACACUCGUCCCGUUAAACCUUUGGCUCGGAGCUUCAGUCUUCUUGUUUCAUAGAUAGAUCCUUAAAUGAAACUUAGUGCCCUGAGCAGCGACAGAAGGUGAAAUUAGGCGGUGCUUGGAUGUCCCCGCCGUGUGUUCGGAGCGAGGACCCGGCUCCCAUCCCGGCUGUCCGGCGUUCCCGCAUCACCGCGGCUCCCACCGUGCCACGAGGGAACCUGGUGGGCGAACAGCUGCCCCCGCCUUUGGGCCGUCCCAGGGGAUGUUCCAGAGCAGUUCCCGGUGCUCCGACCGCGGGGAGGGCUCGGAGAUGGAUUCACCAGAACGAGCCACAAUUAGAAGUGAGCAGAAAUCCAGGAAGUUCCUGAAGAGCCUGGUGCGGAAGCAGCCGCGGGAGCUGCUGGUGGUGCUCGGGACGGGCGUGAGCGCCGCGGUGGCCCCGGGAAUCCCGGCCCUGUGCUCCUGGAGGAGCUGCAUCGAGGCCGUACUGGGAGCAGCCGAGCAGCUGGAGGUGCUGCACCCCGGGGACGUGGCGGAAUUCCGCAAGAAGGUCACCAAAGAGAGGGACCUGCUCGUGGUUGCCCACGAUCUCAUCAGGAAGAUGUCACCGCGUACUGGGGACACGAAGCCCAACUUCUUCCAGGAUUGCUUGAUGGAGGUGUUUGAUAACUUGGAGCAGCACAUCCAGAACCCUGUGGUCCUGCAGUCCAUCCUGAGGCUCAUGGAGAGAGGCACAAUGGUUCUGACCACAAACUAUGAUAAUUUGCUCGAGAUAUUUGGUCAGCAACAGGGCAAACCUAUGGAAUCUUUAGACCUUAAAGACAGGGAUAAGGUUCUUCAGUGGGCGAGAGGCCACGUAAAAUAUGGAGUUCUUCACAUUCACGGCUUAUACACAGAUCCCUGUGGAAUGGUGCUCGAUCCCUCGGGAUAUAAGGAUGUUACUCAGGAUCCUGAAGUCAUGGAAGUUCUUCAGAACUUGUACCGGACCAAGUCCUUCCUGUUUUUGGGCUGUGGGGAGACUCUGCGUGACCAGAUAUUCCAAGCCCUUUUUCUUUACACAGUAAAGAACAAAGUGGAUUUAGAGCAUUACAUGUUGGUGCUUAAAGAAAACGAAGACCACUUUUUUAAGCUGCAGGCAGACAUGCUGCUGCACGGGAUAAAGGUGGUGUCCUACGGGGACUGCUUCCAGCAAUUCCCAGAGUACGUCCAGGAUCUCACUGCUCAGAUCUGCAAGCAGAGGAGCCCAGAUGCUGAUCGGGUGGACAGCACAACCCUGCUGGGAACUUCAUGUGUGGACUGUGCUAAAAGGAAGCUGGGAGAAAGUGGCACUGACUCUCCUAAGAGGAUCAAGCAGUCAGAUACACCCACUAGUGAAUGAAAAAACCCCAAACACCCAAAGCCCACCCCAGAAGCUUUUUAACAGUAGGUGUUUUACGUCUGCUGCAUGGAAAGUUUUGAGCCGGUAUUUCCAUGGUUUUAAGUGGAAUAAAACUGUACAUAUUAGCCUUUCCUUUCUAAAGCUGUAAAUGUGAUGUGUGUGAAGCUGGAGCCACCGGUCACUCCCCUGGCAGGGCCAGACCCUCAGGCUGUACCUGCAGGGUCAGACAAGUGGGUGCAACUUUUCUCAAGCCCUUUGGACCAGACUCUGCUCAGGUGAAGCCACAAGAGAAGUAACUGGAAUCUACCAAAAUGCCCUUUGGCACAGCAGCCUGUGAAACCAAGGGGUUUCAGUUCCUUUCCCAUCAGCUGGACCGUGGAGGCUGAACUCCAGGGGUCUGUCAGCACAAGGCUGCUUCCAGGCUUCAGAUCCCUAAACCCUGAGGAACAGGAAGUGGUGUUCCACGGUUAUGGAGCCCACAGCACAGUGACCCACCUGCUUUUCACUUUCAGCACGAGGGUUUGUUUUCCUCAGUCUGGUGAGGCAGGAAGGGCUGUGCCAGUGCUGUAUCCACAGGGACAGCCCCAAGGCCCACAGGGCUCCCUGACCUCUCUGCUGGGGGUUUCUGUGGACAUGUUUUACAUGCUGUUACACCACAGGCUGUGCUGCCCCUUGCCUUGGACAGCAGGUGACAGAGUCCUGCUGCAGUGGAAUGAAGCCCAGUCAGUAUCCUGGGAUGGAUCUGCAGACAAUUCCUGGUGUGGACCUUUGCUGUGGGUUGAACUACUCUAAGGGUGAAGGUGGGGCACUGCAGCACCUCUUUGCCCCAGGGACUGGUACUUCUCCCACUGGGGCACCACACAGACAGAAUUAUUACUUGAGUGGCUUGGAAAAGCUGAUCCCACAGAGGGGCAUGUUCAAGGCUGUUGGCGAUUCCAUUGCCCAGGGCUCUUUUUCUACUUCAUUCAUAACCUUUUUUUUUUAAAAUGGGAGUAAGGUACUUACUGAAAACCAACCUGUUGACCAUGACAUUACCCUGUUUUGCUCAAGCUGUGUAACGAAUUUGGAAGGACAUCUCUGAAGGUGACAUACACUCUUUCAAUAAAAUAUUUAAAGUAAACUGUU